CCACUCUGUAUUUUACGCGACACGAUGCAGGCAGACAGGCUGAGAUGCCCACUACAACGUUGUCCGCCGGCGAUGCACAAUACAACGUUGAUGCUCACUCUCAACGUAAGAUCUGUACUCUCACCUUGUCGUUUCCACAAUCUUCAGCGCUAUCCAAUAACUCCCUUCCUCUCAUUCUGCUCCUCUCUCGCUUCUAUCACUCAUCUCUGUCCCCAUCAUCAUUCCCAGAGCCAUACAUCGCCUCCAAGUCCAGAAAUACCAAACCCCAUCCUUCUCAAUUACCUAAUCGACUCAUUAGGAUUCCCAAAACCCCGAGCUUUCUUAAUUUCGAAUCGCUUUUCAUGGAUCAAAACCUCUGAAAAACCCCAAUCUGUUGUCGAAUUCUUGAAAGAUGUUGGAUUAUCCAAUACCCACAUUCGAUCUUCAGUUCAUGUCACUCCUCAAAUCCUGGUCUCCGAUAUCGAGAAGACCCUUAAACCAAAGGUGGAGUUUUUCCUAGAACUGGGUAUUUCUGGUUCUGAAUUUGGUAAGUUCAUUUCCAAGAAUUCCUCAAUUUUAACUAGUAGUUUGGAUAAAAAGUUGAAGCCUUGUAUUGUAAUUCUCAAGAAAAUUCUUGUAAAUGGUGAUAGAAAUAAAGAUUUGAUCCGGGUGUUGUGGCGGGGCUGUUGGCUUACUGCCAAAGACCCUCAAACAAGAUUGUUGUCCAAUGUUUUAUAUUUAGAGAGUUGUGGGAUAGCUGGGUCUCAGCUCUCAAUGCUAUUGAAAAGGCAACCUCGACUCUUCAUUAUGCGCCACUGUGAUCUUAAAAACCUUGUUUCUAAGGUUUUAGACAUGGGUUUUGUGUUGGAAUCCAGAAUGUUGGUUCAUGGCCUAUAUACUGUCAGCUGUAUGAGUAGUGACAGAUUUAUGAAGAAAUUGCAUUUGUUUCAAAGUUUUGGGUUCUCAGAGAUUGAAUGUAUGGACAUGUUCAGGAGGACACCGGGGUUGCUUAGAACGUCCGAGGAGAAGCUAAAACUUGGAAUUCAGUUUUUCAUGAAUAACAUGAAGUUUGAUAAGACAGUGUUAGUUCGUAAUCCAACAUGUUUAAUGCACAGCAUGAAGGAAAGAGUGAUCCCUCGGUACAGAGUUUUGCAGAUUAUUGCCUCAAAUAGGCUGUUGAAGAAACAGCCUAGUUUUAUUACUCUACUGAUGUUACCAGAGGUGGAGUUCUUGGAGAAGUUUAUAUCAAGGUUUAUAGAUGAUGCUGAGCAGUUGUUGAUGGCUUAUAAUGGCCAUGUUUUGGAUUUUUGUGAAUAAUAAUAAUAUAAAUGCCAUAUUUAUCUUAUUCUUUUGAUAUGAGCU